CUGAAAAGAGGGGAUAGUAAUAUAAACUAGGACUCUUCAUCCUGACUAUCUAAGUGGGCCUUGAAAGGAGGCGGUCGGGGUGUGUUGGAAAAAAGUCUCUGUCUCCCCCUUGAGCAGGGCAGAUGUCUGAGCUGUUCAGGGAACGAAGGCAACACCCAGCAUAAUGUCAGAUAAGAAUACAAGAAUCGCCAUAGUCAACCAUGAUAAGUGCAAACCCAAGAAAUGCCGACAGGAGUGCAAGAAGAGUUGUCCUGUGGUGCGCAUGGGUAAACUGUGUAUUGAGGUCACUCCUCAGAGUAAGAUAGUAUGGAUCUCUGAGUCUCUGUGUAUAGGAUGUGGUAUUUGCAUAAAGAAAUGUCCAUUUGGUGCUUUAUCAAUCGUAAACCUACCUAGCAAUUUGGAGAAAGAAACAACUCACAGAUACUGUGCCAACUCAUUUAAACUUCACAGACUACCCAUUCCACGACCAGGGGAGGUGCUAGGGCUGGUUGGCACCAAUGGAAUUGGAAAAUCCACUGCGCUUAAGAUCCUGGCAGGAAAACAAAAACCCAACCUGGGAAAGUAUGAUGCUCCUCCAGACUGGCAAGAGAUCCUGACGUAUUUCAGAGGCUCUGAGCUGCAGAACUAUUUCACCAAAAUCCUGGAGGAUGACCUGAAGGCCAUCGUCAAGCCACAGUAUGUGGACCAGAUCCCCAAAACAGUGAAGGGCUCUGUUGGAGCGAUCCUGAACAGGAAGGAUGACACAGAGACACAGGAACUAGUUUGUGAACGGCUGGACCUGCUGCACCUGCGCGAUCGGAAUGUCGAGGACCUCUCAGGAGGAGAACUGCAGCGGUUUGCCUGCGCAGUCGUCUGCAUCCAAAGAGCUGACAUCUAUAUGUUUGACGAGCCAUCAAGUUACCUGGAUGUAAAACAGAGACUGAAGGCCGCCAUCACCAUCAGAUCCCUCAUCUCGCCAGACAGGUAUAUUAUUGUGGUGGAGCAUGAUCUGAGCGUGCUGGAUUACUUGUCAGACUUUAUCUGCUGUCUGUAUGGAGUUCCCAGCGCGUAUGGUGUGGUCACUAUGCCUUUCAGCGUCCGAGAAGGUAUUAACAUCUUCUUGGAUGGUUACGUGCCGACGGAGAACCUGAGGUUCAGAGAAACCUCUCUGGUGUUUAAGGUGGCGGAGACAGCAGCGGAGGAGGAGGUGAAGAAGAUGUGCAGGUAUCAGUACCCCUCCAUGAAGAAGACAAUGGGAGACUUUGAGCUGUUCAUCAAGGAGGGAGAGUUCACCGACUCUGAGAUCAUGGUCAUGCUCGGCGAGAACGGUACCGGCAAAACGACGUUUAUCAGAAUGCUUGCGGGAGGCCUGAAACCAGACGGAGGAGGGGAGGUGCCCAUCCUGAAUGUGAGCUAUAAGCCGCAGAAGAUCAGCCCCAAAUUCAAGGGCAGCGUCCGUGCUCUGCUUCAUGAGAAGAUUCGAGAUGCGUACACACACCCUCAGUUCAUCACAGACGUCAUGAAACCCAUGCAGAUUGAGAGCAUCAUUGAUCAGGACGUGCAGAACCUGUCUGGAGGGGAACUGCAGCGUGUGGCCUUGGCGCUGUGUUUGGGGAAACCAGCUGAUGUGUAUCUGAUCGACGAGCCAUCUGCUUACCUGGACUCAGAGCAGCGUCUCAUGGCAGCCAGAGUUAUCAAACGAUACAUACUUCAUGCUAAGAAAACUGCCUUUGUGGUGGAGCAUGACUUCAUUAUGGCCACGUACCUAGCAGACAGAGUCAUUGUGUUUGACGGGAUCCCAUCCAAAAGCACAUCAGCCAACACUCCACAGACUCUGCUAGCCGGCAUGAAUAAGUUUUUGUCUCAGCUAGAGAUCACGUUCAGAAGAGACCCGAACAACUUCAGACCGAGAAUCAAUAAGAUGAAUUCCAUUAAGGAUGUGGAGCAGAAGCGAAGUGGGAACUACUUUUUCCUGGAUGACUAAGAUUCCAUUCCUGUUCAUGGUCUUAUGGGCAUCACCAGCCCAUCAGGCUGUGACACUCCCACUGUAUGACUUCACUCAGGAAGAGAGAGCACGAUGGACCAUACAUACAGCCCCAGCUUUCCUCUCUCGUUCAUCCACAAAGGCUGGUGUGUUCCUUUGACUGAAAAAUGACCUACCACACUGUUUUAAUGGUCGCAAACUCAUAUGACUCCGAGCAGGAGGCAUGAUUAGAAUGUCAAAAAAUGCAUUUUACAUAUGAAAUAAAUUUUAAUCAUAACCCUAAACAUUAAGCUUAUUUAAAGCAAUUUGUCUCUCAAGAGCGAGUUGACACAAAGUUAGUUUCGCAUAUUUGUAUCCAUAUCAAAGCUGAAGGGGUAGCAGAUUUUUGGGCCCUACACCAGUUUAGAGGGUUUUCUAGUUUAACAGUUGCUGCUAUGUAAGUAUUUUGAUUAAAAGAUUCAUGCCACUGUUACAAGUGUAUAUUUUAUUAUACUUGAAAUAUCAGUUGUACCUUUUUAAAUUCUUUCAAAACAGUUGAGUUAGGAAAUAUGUAACGAUGACCUUGAAACUCAGGAAUUUAAGCUAUUAUAUGCUUAAAUAAUCAGUUCUAUUCGAUCACUUCUAAUAAACGAAAGCUCGCAAUGUUUUCAUAUUGUCAGUUGUAUUUGGUUGAAGAUUAGACUGAAGUUUUCACUGAUAUUUUAUGAGGGUGGGUAAAUGCAUGAGCUUGGUUUAUUGCUUUCAUGCUGCCUGGGGGAGGAUGAUGUUACACUAACCGCUCGAA